AUGUAUCCAUCAAGCGCGUUUCCCCCACCUCUCAUUUCUUUGAACCCAGAAUCCGGCGAAGUAGAUUCCGGUGAAUUCUUUGAGCCGAAUUAUUUUCAAUUAUCUACUUACCUUCCGAUUUACGUAAAUGCGGUUUACUACCCUAACUGGCGGAUAUAUGACGGGAAACCUCCCUCAUCGUUGAGUCUAGGCUAUGUUUCCCACGUAUUCUACGCCUUCGCUUGGGUGAAAGAGGAUGGAACCGUCUAUCUCAGCGAUGAAUACGCCGAUGAACAAAUCCCAGUGGAUGGUACUUACGGAUGUCUCAACUCAUUCAUCCAGCUCAAGUGGCAAUUCCCGGAAAUGAAAAUCCUCCUUUCAAUUGGAGGCGGGGGCGAAGGCAGCCAGAAUUUUGCCUGUGUCGCAAGGAAUGCAUUAAGUGUAGAAAAAUUCGUAGAAACCACCACAGAUCUAGCCAUUAAAUUUAGACUCGAUGGUUUUGACGUAAACUGGGAACACCCAGAAACCCCUCAAGAAGCCGCAGACUACUUCUGCCUCCUCGCCCGCCUCCGCGAACAAUUUCCCUCGCCAGACUACCUCCUCACCACCACCAUGGCCGGCGCACAAUGGGCUCUGCAAAACAUAAACCUUACCUUUAUCCACCAGUACGUUGACUACAUAAACCUAAUGGCCUUUGACUUCGCCGGCCACUGGAUGCGCCAAAGCGGCCACCACGCCCAACUAUUCACCCAGCAGACAAACCCCUACAACCAAGACGCAUGCAUAAUCUCCGCUGACUCCGGCGUCUCCUACGUGAUGGGCCAAGGCGUGCCGGCGUACAAAAUCCUCCUGGGCAUACCAGUAUACGGGCACGCGUUCCCGGGGACGAACGGGAUCAACCAGCCCUAUGAGGGUCCGGGGGGAACUGAACUGGAGGAAAUGGUGAUUGAUUACUGUCAUCUGCCACAGGGCGGGCCUGAGAUGCACGAUGAUGCUCUUGGGGCGGCGUAUUGUGUUGAUUGGAUUGAUGAGGGGGAUGGAGCGGCUGGGUUCAUUUCGUAUGACUCGACGAAGUCGGUGCAGUGUAAGGCGAGGUAUGCGAAGCAGAAGGGGCUUGGAGGGCUUUUCUAUUGGGAUAUUGGGGCGGAUGCACUGGGGGAGAGGAGCUUGGUAGCUGCUGGUUAUACCGAAUUACAUGAGUUUUAG